AGCACCGAAAGGCACGUGUGUUGCUUUAGGGGUGAACUCGACAAAAUGGACCAGUGCUGCCUUCAUCACAUUGAAUUGGGUGUUAAAGAUGGCUCUAAACUGACCCAGAAAUUAACUUCUCAGUAUUCUUUCAAGCUAAUCGCCACCAGAACCUCUGCUGUUGCCAAACAGUGGGUGCUGACGACAGGCCAGGCUAGAUUUCUCCUGACAGAAAUUACAUCCGAUGUCUAUGAAGAAAUAAUCGCUGAUCCGUUUGUCAAUUUGUGGUUUGAUCCGAACAGACUUGGCACGAAUGGGUCGGAAAGAGAGAGAAAUAGCAAGUUGAAUUACGAUUCAGCGUUCGAUGUCGCAAUUCAAGUCCAAGACAUUGAAAAGUGUGUAAAGAAAUUAAUCGACUCCGGAGUGAAAUGUCUCAGGCCGAUUCAAUGUCAUAAGAGCGAUCAAGGAGACGUGAAGACUGCCACUAUCGUAUCAUGCGUUGGGGACGUGAAACACACCCUUGUGCAGAGUAAUGGUUACAGGGGGCUGUUUAUGCCAGGUUUUGCUCCAGUGACGUCUGAUGGGACAGUGAAUACAACUUCAGUUAACGGUUCUCACAAUGUAAACAAUGUACACUUAACCCAUGUUGAUCAUGUGACAUUUGUGUGUGAAAUGGGGACGCUCAGAGAUGUGCUCAGCUGGUAUGAAAAACACUUCGGAAUGGCCAGGUUCACGAUAAACAGAGAUGAGGAUGAGAAGGAGGGCAUGGUGAUCCAGGGGGACAACAUCGGGUUGAGGAUGGUGGCCUUCGAGUACUGGAAGUGUGCCGAGGUGGGUCUGAUCACACCGAGCCGGAACCAGGAUCGGAUUACAUUUGUACUGGCAGAGUCCUUGCCUUGUCAAGGGCCGAGUCAGGUUGACACAUUCCUGCAGCAGCACAACGGCCCCGGGGUGCAGCAUAUAGCUCUACACACACCCGACAUCAUCUCCACCAUUGCUGGGCUCAGACAGAAGGGAGUCAAGUUCGCCGAGCCACCAUCCUGUUAUUAUAUGGAGGAAGGAAAGCUGGAAGAGAUACAGACCAUAGGCUUGAAGCCCGAGCUGCUCCAGUCACAGGGGAUCCUGAUUGACAUGGAGGCUGACGCUGACAAACAGGAGAGUGCAGACACACACAGAUAUCUGAUGCAAAAGUUUACCCUCCCACUGUUCGACCGCGACACUCUGUUCUUAGAAAUCAUCCAGCGAUGUGGAGCGUCAGGGUUCGGUUUCGGAAACAUCAAAGCACUGUGGAGGUCUGUGUCAGCAUACCUGUCCAAGAGCGGCAGUCAGAAUCUCUGAGAUGUGAGCCAGAAUCUGGCGGUGGUAUAAACACCGAACGUUUCCUACCAUCACAGUCAUACACUGGCAUGCAGUGUGUAAUAUCAACCUCAAAAUCAUGGGGCCCUUGUCAUAACCCUAAUGCUAAACAUUAACAUUCUAUCUGAAGAUUAAGUUAUCAUAAUAGAUUAGAUUUUCAUGUUUGUUAUUGUUUUGAUUGGAAAUCUAUUUGAUUCUAUUUAAUUUGUUGGCUAAAAUGGAUGUGGAGUCAUUUUGAUUUUGCUAGACCUGCUCAGAGGUUGAUAUUUGACCAAGACUGCUGCAAAUGACUAAAAGUUCCAAAAUUAAGAGUUUCAAAUUUCAUGUUUACAUAUAUACUGUAUGGUUAUAACUAACGUGAUGGAUUUGUAGAGGUGAUAUGAGUAACAGGGCCAAUAGAGAAGAGGCUUUCAUGUUUAGUUUUACAUUAUUGCUUCAAAUGUAAUGUUAAUAUAAAAAAUUAAAUCUUUUUGAAUUUAGGAAAAUGGGAACUUAAAAAAAUCCCUAGUUUGAACAAAAUAACAAUAGUUCCCCGAUUUGCUUGCCAAGGGCACUUGAUUUGGAAUCCUAGGUAAAUCCCUCUGAUAACUUAAAUAGCCUUGAAUGGCUAUCACGUUAUUACUUUUAUACAGGAACACUGAUGGCCCAGUGGUUUCAGCUGUUUCUGUGUGGAGUUGCAUCCCUUAGGUGUGCCAGAAUCCAAUGAUAACUGUAAUACUAUUCAAAGUAGUGUAAUAACCCAAUUCAAAUAAUUUGUGAGUUAAUAAAGGAUAAAUAUGGUAUUUUUCAUUUGCUUCAGUAUUUGUUAUUGAUUGUAUAAUCAGAACAAUAUCUUUUAAUUCUUUAAUACAGGCUACUCUUGGUAAUAACUUGCUGUGCUUUGCUUGAUAACUUGUUAAGCUCGUUGAUAACAAACAUAUGUUAUUUGGGAAUAUUUUUUCAGCAUAUUGUUUAUACCAGAAUAAUCAGGGCUUGCGGUUGUGAUAAAUAUAACAAUCAUUUUUAAUCAAAAUAUGUGUAUACUGAAAUCUGAAUAUUAUCAACAAUUCACAAUAUCAAACAAGUAAAUUUGGGAAUCAUGCAGAACUUGUUACAUGUUUUGUUAAGAACACAAUCAAGAGAUGUUUCAAUUUGUAUUUCGACUCCAGUGUGUCAUUGUAAAGCAUAAUAGUUUUUCUUAGUGCUAUUUGUACAUUUUGUAUGUAUAUAGACAUUUGCUAUAGACAUUUAAUAAAGGUCAUCACCGAGGGCUACAACAAGGCUUCCAGAUAUAAAUAGUCAUGUGAGAAGACUUAUGUGUCCUUGCACAUGACACUAGAUUUGUCUUUUGAUGAAUAUGGUUAUGUAAACAUGUUUUGUCAUAAAACGGAAUAUUAAAUGUUUUGAAACAGUCAACCCAUUAUGUCUACAAAGCGAAUGUUAAGCCAGCACUGUAGCCACCACUUCGUUUAUCUGUAUGGGGGAAUUCUUCCAUUAUUCAUGGACAUGCUCAACGUUCUUGGUUACUAUGGUUACUGAAGACAUUUUAUGAAAUAGUUUACCUCAUGCACUAAAUUAUUUGGGACAGCAAAAUUAAUGUAUUUGUUUAGUUGGCUGUUUAUUUACAGUUUGUGUACGCAAUUAUUUAUUGCUAAUAAUUAUAGAGAUAACUGGAGCCUCAUAUUGGUAGCCAAUUAAUUGUCUGCUGAACAUGGAAGCCCUCGUUGAUGACCUUUUUUUGGUCUUUUUGCUGUAAUAUAAGUAGUAUGAUUAUACAGGAUGAGUUUGUUCUGUUAUAUUGGAAUCAAUUUCUGUUGAGGUAACCCGAAAUGCAGAAGGGGCCUUGGCAUGUUUCUACAUUAUGUGAUUACAUUUUUUGUUGUUGCAUCGACUGAAUUCAACAGUGCCUAGUAGGGGCACACAUGUAACAAUAUAUCAAAUUAUCAAAUACGCCAACUGGCUUCUCUGCUCUGUUCGAUGAUCAUGUGACAAAGGACACGCUAGAGGACAAAAUGGCUACUGUCAGACGCAUAGUCGGGUGAUCUAGAUACGUAUGUACCAGUAUUUACAUUUGUUAUGCCUCUAUUAAGAAUCUGACAUUUCCAUUGGUUAAUCCGUACCACACGACGAAACAAUAUAUUUCAAUGUAGACCCCCAAAUCAUGUGACUCACACUGACCUGAAAUAUUGACUCGUCACAUGAUCAGUAUUGACCUGUCACUUGAUAAAUAUUGACAAGUCUGGUAUACUACAUUUUACGAUUCGCAGCUAAGUUACUGUAAUGAAACAGCGGACGGUUUUAAGACUUCAUAAACUUUAACGUGAAUUUUGGUAUGAUGAAACGAAUGAUUACUCUUGACAAGGUCAAUAUGCAAAAACAAGGACCCUCAGACCAAACCCCUUGGGUGGUCUGAUUUCGCAUAUUUACCUCGUCAAAGAGUAAUUAUUUGUAUGAUAUCAUGGUGACACCUCGAUAAGAAAACACAGUCUCCAUCCCCCCGAGCACCAGCUACUUGCUGGCAGGCAAUGGGUGUCAAACAGGUAUCAAACAGGUGCAGAUAGAUUACGGUGUCUCAGUCGGGUAGAAUGUCCUGUAUCACGUGAUUAGAAACAGUUAAAGAAAUUAUUAAAUUCAUUACAAUUAAUACCAGAUUAAUCAGAUGGUGGCAUAAACACAAUUGGACCAAUAUGGAUCUUGGAAUAAUUACAUAGUUACAAAGGUAGAGAUGACAACAGAACAGUAUACCCAUUUUACCAGACACUUCAGCAAAAAUAUGUUCUAAACUUUUAAAACUGAUAAUUUAUGAUCCUCCUCCCGAAGCAUGUCGCAGUCACUGACACAGAUUGCCAGGUUUAUUUAUUGUGCCUUUGUACAGCAUGUGUUGAAAUGUGUUGUUCCAUGAGGUGCCUCUGUGUUGACUGUCUUAUGCCAACUGUGAUCAGAAGGAAAUAUCAGACUUGAUUAUUUUAUUAGUUCCACCAUUAAAGUUUUUGUUCACCAGAAGUGUUUAAAAUUUCAAAAUGAACAAAGAAAUAUUUCCAUCAUGUUGACUUUUUUCAUUCAGACAGAGCUGAUUUGGGCAACAUGUAAAGAUAUUUAAAUAGUUCAUAUCAUAUUUAUGAGAAAGUCUAAAAUGAUGUACCUUAAGAGAAAAGCAUGUUAAACGCUUGGUAAGUCAUAUCUUACUGGUCUUGGACAUUGAGACCGAUAAGUAUUGAUUGUGUGGAAGUGUCUAAGUGUGCAAAAUGUUUUUGCAAAUCAGUUGGGUGGGGCUACAAGAUGACCUAGGUUACUCAACAAGCAAAAAACGCAGUUGAGCUUUUUCCCUAUAACACUACAUAUUUUUUUUUUUUUUUUUGAUCAACGGAGAGGUCUGAAUAAAUAAAUCCCUAUAAAAAUUUCAGUAGCGAGUCAGGCUUGGGCCAUUUCAGGGCCCUUAGCCCAAUUGAAAUUUUGCUAGCCACGGGCUAUGGGGCAGGUGGCUAUUUUGCACACUGAGUAACAAUCACUUUGUUUUCCAUGACAGUAGGAACGAGAUACACAGAUUUUGUGGGGUUGUAUUUCUUUGCUAGUCAGAUUUACAUGUUUUUUUCAUGGGAAUAAAUUGUAGAAGGAG